UUCGGGUUCGGGUCGGCGCUCGGCGAUUGUCGGCCAUUUCCGGAGAGGGGGAGGCGCGGCGCCAUUUUGUGUGCACAUUCUCGGGCGGUCGUUCACUUCCAACCCUCGGCUAAUCCGGCAAUGGACGGCAUUCUCACUGAUGUUACAGUUGGCUUAAAGAGGGGAUCUGAAGAACUUUCCAGCGCCGUUCUCAACAGUCCAAAUUCUACCAUGAGCAGUGUGGUUGUUACUGGAGUUGAACAAUUUACUUAUACAGCUAAUGGCAAUGACAGCAAGAAAUUUAAAGGUGAUGACAAGAUGAUUGCUUCUCCAUCUCGUGUCCUCCAUAUUCGGAAGCUGCCAAGUGAAGUGAUGGAGACUGAGGUCAUAGCACUGGGCUUACCGUUUGGGAAAGUAACCAACAUUCUCAUGUUGAAAGGGAAGAAUCAGGCUUUCUUGGAGUUGGCUUCAGAAGAAGCAGCUGUCACCAUGGUGAACUACUAUACUGCGGUCACUCCUCAUCUUCGUAACCAACCCAUCUACAUCCAAUACUCAAAUCAUAAAGAACUGAAGACAGACACGGCUUUGAACCAGCGGGCCCAAGCAGUUCUUCAAGCUGUAACUGCUGUGCAGACAGGAGGUACUCCUCUUACUGGGACUACAAUCAGUGAGAAUGCAGUGACGCCACCUCAGAGCCCAGUGCUCAGAAUAAUUAUUGAUAACAUGUACUAUCCAGUUACCCUGGAUGUACUUUAUCAGAUUUUUUCCAAGUUUGGGUCAGUUAUGAAGAUCAUAACCUACAAAAAUAAUCAGUUCCAAGCACUGCUGCAAUAUUCAGAGCCUCUGAACGCACAGCAAGCAAAACUGUCUCUGGAUGGCCAGAACAUUUACAAUGCUUGCUGUACACUGAGGAUUGAUUUUUCCAAGUUGGUGAAUUUGAAUGUGAAGUACAACAAUGACAAGAGCCGUGACUAUACACGUCCAGAGCUACCAGCUGGUGAUGGGCAGCCAACUAUGGAUCCUGCCAUUGCUGCGGCCUUUGCAAAGGAGAACUCUCUUCUUGCUGUUCCAGGAUCCUUGAGCCCGUUGGGUAUUUCUGGUGCUGCUGCUGCAGCUGCUGCUGCUGCUGGGCGUGUGGCAAUGUCUGGAGUUGGUUCUGGUAACCACAGUGUCCUCCUGGUCAGCAAUCUGAACGAUGAGAUGGUUACGCCCCAAAGUCUGUUUACCCUCUUCGGUGUUUACGGUGAUGUGCAGCGUGUGAAGAUUUUGUACAAUAAGAAAGACAGUGCUCUUGUACAAAUGGCUGAUGUAAACCAAGCGCAGUUGGCGAUGAGCCAUUUGAAUGGUCAGAAAAUGUAUGGGAAGAUUAUUCGUGUUACAUUGUCCAAACAUCAGACAGUUCAACUGCCCCGAGAGGGCCUAGAUGAUCAGGGAUUGACUAAAGAUUUCACCAAUUCCCCUCUGCAUCGUUUCAAAAAACCUGGAUCCAAGAAUUUCCAGAAUAUAUUUCCUCCUUCUGCCACUCUCCAUCUUUCUAAUAUUUCACCAGCCAUCGAUGAAGAUGAUAUCAAGGCACUCUUUAUAAAUACAGGUGGCAACGUGAAAGGUUUUAAGUUUUUCCAAGAUCACAAAAUGGCGCUGCUUCAGAUGUGUUCUGUGGAAGAAGCCAUCCAGGCAUUGAUUGAUCUGCACAAUUAUGAUCUUGGGGAAAACCAUCAUCUGAGAGUUUCCUUCUCUAAAUCAACCAUCUAGCUUGCCCAGAGAGAGCACUCAGUUUUGUUUUGCAGUUAAUCAUAGACUUGUUUCAGGGAGGUGGGACCAGAGUUAACAAUUCCAUCUGUUUUGUCAUUCCUUCAUCCACCUUUGUGAUAUUCAGAUUUGGAGGGAUGAGCAAUCGCGAGAGGGAGCUGAGGAAAUUGACGAGCUACUGUAGGAGAAGAGAAAAAAAAAUCUUGUUUAGAGAAGCCAUUCAUUUUUGGUUCAUAAUACAGGAUUUGAAUAUCCCCAUGUAUUUAGUAGAAACAUUUGACAAGAAAUGUGCCUUACCUUAAAAGUUAAACUUGUAUUAAUAAGUUGAAUAUACUAUGGAAGUGAAGCUGGGGCCUUCUUUUGGGCACAUGGUUGGAGAAUUUCAGAAAUAGUGGGAGUAUUGUGUAAAUGUUAGCACUAAUUAGUCUUGCUUGUUGCUGAAUAUACAUUUUUGUAGGUGUUGUUGGAGUUGACAUUGCAAAUUGCUUGUGUAUUUGUAUUACCAUCUUUAGUUUGUAAUUAAGGAUUGAAAUUAUGGCUGUGGACUUUUGAGCAUGUGCAGUCAAGUCUAGUUAGUUUAAAAAAAAAUUGACUGGUGCAUGUGUCAUAGAAAGGCAAAGAAAAAUGCUUCAAAGUAAGGGGCAAUAAAAAUAGUUUUGCUGGCAGUUUUCUAAAACGGACAACCAGGUGGGACCAAAGUUUAUGUGCCUUUAGUCUUAAUUUACCUUGCAUUGUAAUAUUCAGUUUCAAUGAACCUCUUCAAGAUAUUUUGUAUUUGAAUGGGAAACAGACAUUAAUAUAAACAUGGUUCUGUACCUUCAAGUAAGAGGAAUUGUAUGAGUAGAAUUCAUUCAUUGUCGGUUACACGUGUUGUCAACUUAAGUAGUUUAAAUGACCAAGAACUUAUCAGAUCUGUGUAUAGCAUAAUUCAUAUGCAUAGAAUCUGUGGACAAUGUAGCAAAAAGGUCAUGUAUAUUUUCUAUAUUAGUUAUGUUUUUACAUCUUGAUCUUUAGCAAUGUAAAUUUCAGUAUAGUUUGAAAAAGGCACAAUUAAAAUUAAUUUUCUAACAAAAUUGGGAUGUUUGAUGGUUCUGUUGAUUUGAUUUUUCUCUGUGUACUCUGUUUGCUUGCCUGUAGCAUGCCUAAUAAAUACUUCUGUAGCUCUA